AUGGAUUCAACAAGCCAACAUGGAGAAAACAUAGAUACUAUAACUCUACGUCAGCAUGUUCUCAUUAAUCAAGUAGCAGCUGCAACAGGAUCUGAACAUGAUAUAGCAAAACAUUUAUUACAAGCAACGGACUGGAGACUGGAAGCUGCACUUUCUUUGUUCUUCCAAGAUCGAACUGUACCAAUACCAUGUAAAUUAUUUUGUCCAGAUUUGACAUCUCAACCUGCUAAUACACCAGCAACUCCACCAAAUUUUCCUGAAACUCUACUAGCCUUUAGUAAAUUAUCUGCUUCUUCAUCAGACAAUAAUUAUUCACAACAACAACAAAUUCAACGUUCAAAUGGCGUUCCAUUAUCUUCUAGUCCAAUAAAUACAAUGAUGAUAAUCAAUGAUGGUAACACAUCUCAAUUUAGCACAAUUAAUAGUUCAACAACAACAAGAUAA